GAGGAGGAGGUGGAAAGAGGCGGAUGAACAGUGACAGUGACAGAGACUGGGAAUGGGAGAGCGAAGGAGGAGGUGGAGAAAGGGAUAGCGUCGGGGACAAAGGCCGGGGUAGGGACAGACAGAGAGACAGAGACAGAGACAGAGACAGAGACAGAGACAGAGACAGAGACAGAGACAGAGACAGAGACCGAGACAAAGACAGAGACCGAGAGAGAGACCGAGAGAGAGACCGAGAGAGAGAUGGAGUCUACAGUAGGAGUGGGGAUGAAGGUUAUGGCAGGGACAGGGAUAGAGGCAGCUGCAAGGGCGGGGGGCACGUUGAUGCAGCUGGUAGUGGGAGCAGCUAUGGACAAUUCGGCAGCAAGGGGCGUGCAGCAAAGGAGAAAGGAGGUGGCUCCAAGGAGAAGCGCAAGGAGGUUUAAAGCAUGGACUGGGGCAUGUAGUUGUUGGACCCAACUCUACCUCUCAUUACACCAUUUCUACCGACUUGUACCGUACGCUGCGCCCGCAUGCAUAGGCUUCACCAUCGCCUAUCAUCUUCCUUCUUGUUGCUAGAAGUGUUACUCUUAGUGCCUUGUUUUGUUCUCAGGACCCUGGCCUCAUCGGCCCAUUCAUUUGUUCG